CAGACUAGAUACUGUAGACUUGUUCAUUUAUCAGACUAGAUACUGUAUGUUAUCUGGCUGUAGACCUGUUCAUUUAUCAGACUAGAUACUGUAUGUUAUCUGACUAGAUACUGUAGGCUUGUUCAUUUAUCAGACUAGAUACUGUAGGCUUGUUCAUUUAUCAGACUAGAUACUAUAGACUAGUUCAUUUAUCAGACUAGAUACUGUAGGCUUGUUCAUUUAGCUGACUAGAUACUGGAUGUUAUCUGACUAUAGACUGUAUGUUAUCAGACUAGAUACUGUAUGUUAUCUGACUAUAGACUGUAUGUUAUCAGACUAGAUACUGUAUGUUAUCUGACUAUAGACUGUAUGUUAUCAGACUAGAUACUGUAUGUUAUCUGACUAUAGACUGUAUGUUAUCAGACUAGAUACUGGAUGUUAUCAGACUAGAUACUAUAGACUAGUUCAUUUAGCUGACUAGAUACUGGAUGUUAUCUGACUAUGAUAUGGGCUAUAGGCUGUUGACUAGUUCAUUUAUCUGACAAGAUGUGCUCAUAAGUCCCAUGUAAGAUGAUUUGAAACAGGUCCGAUACACGAGAAUGAGAGUUAUUUGGCAACUUUAGUUAGCCUCAGUCUGCACACGCUGUUCUCUCAUCAUGAUCAUAUUUUCACAUCAGACUAUUCUCAAUUUAAUACUGUCUUUACUAAUAUGAAAAAUGAGUUGAGAUUUAGAAUGGCCCAUUAUGAAACGGGCAGGAACAGGAAACACAUGCCAUCUGUACGCACUGGAAUAGUGAAUGGAGGUCGAGCUCUUUCCCACCAGUCCACUGGAAUAGUGAAUGGAGGUCCAGCUCUUUCCCACCAGUCCACUGGAAUAGUGAAUGGAGGUCCAGCUCUUUCCCACCAGUCCACUGGAAUAGUGAAUGGAGGUCCAGCUCUUUCCCACCAGUCCACUGGAAUAGUGAAUGGAGGUCCAGCUCUUUCCCACCAGUCCACUGGAAUAGUGAAUGGAGGUCCAGCUCUUUCCCACCAGUCCACUGGAAUAGUGAAUGGAGGUCCAGCUCUUUCCCACCAGUCCACUGGAAUAGUGAAUGGAGGUCCAGCUCUUUCCCACCAGUCCACUGGAAUAGUGAAUGGAGGUCGAGCUCUUUCCCACCAGUCCACUGGAAUAGUGAAUGGAGGUCCAGCUCUUUCCCACCAGUCCACUGGAAUAGUGAAUGGAGGUCCAGCUCUUUCCCACCAGUCCACUGGAAUAGUGAAUGGAGGUCAAGCUCUUUCCCACCAGUCCACUGGAAUAGUGAAUGGAGGUCGAGCUCUUACCCACCAGUCCACUGGAAUAGUGAAUGGAGGUCCAGCUCUUUCCCACCAGUCCACUGGAAUAGUGAAUGGAGGUCCAGCUCUUUCCCACCAGUCCACUGGAAUAGUGAAUGGAGGUCCAGCUCUUUCCCACCAGUCCACUGGAAUAGUGAAUGGAGGUCCAGCUCUUUCCCACCAGUCCACUGGAAUAGUGAAUGGAGGUCCAGCUCUUUCCCACCAGUCCACUGGAAUAGUGAAUGGAGGUCCAGCUCUUUCCCACCAGUCCACUGGAAUAGUGAAUGGAGGUCCAGCUCUUUCCCACCAGUCCACUGGAAUAGUGAAUGGAGGUCGAGCUCUUUCCCACCAGUCCACUGGAAUAGUGAAUGGAGGUCGAGCUCUUUCCCACCAGUCCACUGGAAUAGUGAAUGGAGGUCGAGCUCUUUCCCACCAGUCCACUGGAAUAGUGAAUGGAGGUCCAGCUCUUUCCCACCAGUCCACUGGAAUAGUGAAUGGAGGUCCAGCUCUUUCCCACCAGUCCACUGGAAUAGUGAAUGGAGGUCCAGCUCUUUCCCACCAGUCCACUGGAAUAGUGAAUGGAGGUCCAGCUCUUUCCCACCAGUCCACUGGAAUAGUGAAUGGAGGUCGAGCUCUUUCCCACCAGUCCACUGGAAUAGUGAAUGGAGGUCCAGCUCUUUCCCACCAGUCCACUGGAAUAGUGAAUGGAGGUCCAGCUCUUUCCCACCAGUCCACUGGAAUAGUGAAUGGAGGUCAAGCUCUUUCCCACCAGUCCACUGGAAUAGUGAAUGGAGGUCGAGCUCUUACCCACCAGUCCACUGGAAUAGUGAAUGGAGGUCCAGCUCUUUCCCACCAGUCCACUGGAAUAGUGAAUGGAGGUCCAGCUCUUUCCCACCAGUCCACUGGAAUAGUGAAUGGAGGUCCAGCUCUUUCCCACCAGUCCACUGGAAUAGUGAAUGGAGGUCCAGCUCUUUCCCACCAGUCCACUGGAAUAGUGAAUGGAGGUCCAGCUCUUUCCCACCAGUCCACUGGAAUAGUGAAUGGAGGUCCAGCUCUUUCCCACCAGUCCACUGGAAUAGUGAAUGGAGGUCCAGCUCUUUCCCACCAGUCCACUGGAAUAGUGAAUGGAGGUCGAGCUCUUUCCCACCAGUCCACUGGAAUAGUGAAUGGAGGUCGAGCUCUUUCCCACCAGUCCAUUUUGCUGCUUACAGAUUCUUUUUGUUGUUGAGAAAUUUCGCAAGGAAACAUAUUUCACUAAACUGUUGACAGCCUCUAUCUCUCUGCACUCUCCAGAAAUAAAUGAAGGAGAGAGAGGAGGAGAUGGAAACGCACGGUGGAGAGAUGGUGGACUCCUAACCGGAUCCAAACUAGAUGGAACGGGAUUAAACCAGAUUUAAAUGGACUGAAGCGAACUGGAGACCGAUUUUAUGUUUGUUAUGAUUGUGCCUUGGAUACCCUCUCUCUCUCUCUGUCUCUCUCUCUCUCUCUCUCUCUCUCUCUGUCUCUGUCUCUGUCUCUCUCUCUCUCUCUGUCUCUCUCUGUCUGUCUCUCUCUCUCUCUCUGUCUCUCUCUGUCUGUCUCUCUCUCUCUCUCUGCCUCUCUCUCUCUCUCUCUCUCUCUCUCCUCUCUCUCUCUCUCUCUCUGUCUCUCUCUCUCUCUCUCUCUCUCUCUCUCUCUCUCUCUCUCUCUCUCUCUCUCUCUCUCUCUGUCUCUGUCUCUGUCUCUGUCUCUCUCUCUCUGUGUCCCCACCUCUCUCUCUGUCUCUCUCUCUCUGUCUGUCUCUCUCUC